AUGAACCCAACUUUAACACGUUUAGCUCGAUCAGCAUGGAAAGGUCCAUUCUUUACAGCUUUCCCAAAUCUAGCUGAAGCUUUGAGUACAAACACAGCCAUCAGAACAUCAGCUAGAUCUUGUACAAUCCUACCUAAUUUCGUAGGACUUAAAUUAUUAGUUCAUAAUGGAAAGGAUUAUGUUCCGGUGAAUAUUACAGCAGAAAUGGUUGGACAUAAAUUAGGUGAAUUUUCUCCUACUCGAAAACCUUUCUCUUACAAGGCUUCAAAGAAUCGGUAGAGACUCACUUUGCAAAAGAAUCAUCUCAAUUUCAAUCUUGCAAGGAAUGUAAAUAAAAGUACUUUAGGGCAAAGAGAGAUUUCUUGGUUUACAAACUCAACCAGUUGCCAUUACUUUCAUUUUACUAAAUUGUUGUCCUCUUUCCAAUGUAAUACCCUUUUUACCCAUC